AUGUCUAACAUCACAACAGUGACAGAAUUCCUCCUCCUGGGGUUCUCCGACAUCCGGGAGUUGCAGCUGAUCCACACUGCGCUGUUCCUCCUGGUCUAUCUUGCAGCCCUGAUGGGGAAUCUCCUCAUCAUUGCUGUCACCACCCUUGACCGGCACUUCCACACCCCCAUGUACUUCUUCCUCAAGAACCUGUCCAUCCUUGACCUUGGCUACAUCUCCGUCACAGUCCCCAAAUCCAUCCUCAAUUCCCUCACAAAUGUCAAUUCCAUCUCUCUGCUGGGCUGCGCUGCCCAGGUAUUCCUCGUGUUUUUAUUCGCUGGAUCAGAGAUGGCCCUGCUCACGGUGAUGUCCCACGACCGCUAUGUCGCCAUCUGCCGCCCCCUGCACUAUGAGGUCAUCAUGCCCCACGGGGCCUGUGUACGUAUGUUGGCUGCUUCUUGGUUCGGCAGCUGUUUGAAUGCCAUCAUGUACACAACCAGCACCUUCUCUCUAUCCUUCUGUGGCCCCAACAUUGUCCACCAGUUCUUCUGCGAUGGCCCCCAGUUGCUAAGACUUGCAUGUUCCACUGACCGUGUCACAGAAGAUGUGAGUUUAGCCAUCACCGUUGGCUUAUCUUUCUUCUGCUUCGUGCUCAUCGUGGGCUCCUACAUCCGCAUCUUCUCAGCCGUGCUGAGGAUGCCAUCGGUGGCGGGCCGCUCCAAAGCCUUCUCCACCUGCCUGCCCCACCUGGUUGUCGUCACUCUGUUCCUCAUGUCUGGCAGCUUUGCCUAUCUAAAGCCGAUAACAGACUCUCCCUCUGCACCGGACCUGCUGGUGUCUGUGUUCUAUGCCAUGGUGCCCCCUACCCUUAAUCCCCUCAUCUACAGCUUGAGGAACCGAGACAUGAAGGCAGCAAUGGGGACUCUGCUAUGGCCAAAACAUUUGCCAAAGGAGAAAACACCUAUCGGAUAA